AGUGAGCCGAGACCUGAGACCUGCUGAGACCCAUGGGGGCCCUGGGGACUGAUGAAAACGUCAUUUUGACAGAAUGGCAGAAAGUUUGGAAAGAUAUUCUCGAUUUUUAUUGAGUGCACGUUCAUUUUUACUUUGCGAACAUGAACACAUGAACCGCCGUGUGUGUACAGUGAGUUACGAUUACGGAAAAACGAUGAUUGUGCAACAGUAAUGCCGUAAACAUUUUUAUUCUGUUUGAUACGUGUGAUCGAAAAGAAAAAUACAUCUGAUCGUAAGCGCGUAUAUUACGAGAUUUUUCAAGUAUUGGUUAACGUGAACAAUUGUGAAAAUUAUACAACUUGUUCUCGCAAAUGUAUCGUUAAUUUUACCCAGAAUUUUUGACCGUAACGUCGCACAGAUGUGAUGGAGGAUUAUAAGUUUCUCUUUAAAGUUGUGCUCGUCGGAAAUGCGGGCGUCGGCAAGACUUGCCUCGUGCGCAGAUUUACCCAAGGAUUAUUUCCUCCUGGUCAGGGUGCAACGAUAGGUGUCGAUUUUAUGAUUAAAACCGUAGAAGUAGAAAACGAGAAAGUUAAGCUUCAAAUCUGGGACACUGCUGGACAAGAAAGAUUUCGUUCGAUAACUCAAAGUUAUUAUAGGUCGGCUCAUGCUCUGAUUUUAGUUUACGAUAUUUCUUGUCAACCAACGUUCGAUUGUCUACCAGAUUGGUUACGCGAAAUCGAAGAAUAUGCGAGUAAUAAAGUUCUUAGGAUAUUAGUAGGUAAUAAAAUUGAUCGGGAAGAUAGAGAAAUACCGACGCAUGUCGGAGAAGAUUUUGCACAAAGACAUGGAAUGUACUUCUUGGAAACGUCUGCUAAAGAAGCAGAAAAUGUAGAACGUUUGUUCAUGGAAAUAGCAGCAGAACUCAUGGAGCAAGCACGCAGUAAAGAACUGCCUAGAUAUGACACAAAUACAACUUCGAUAAACGGGAAAACAACAUCGAUCGGUGAUACAAGUAACUGUGGUUGUAGUCGACUUUCUUAAGUAGCUUUUAUAUGUAAUAUUAAGUCACUCGUAAAAACAAUUUUAGUUGCUAAAUAUGUAUGUAGAACAUUAUCAUACAGUUUUUAUAGUGGACGAAGAUUGAACGCGAUACUAGUCAAUCUUCCAUAACAGAAAGAAAAAAGAUUCAAACACUAGCUCGUCUUUGAUAGUAUAUAUUAGCAUCUAGUGUUGUAUCGUAUAGAUUAUAUAGACAGUUUUGUUGCAAAAAGUAUUCGAUACUUCAAAUUGAAAUGAACUUUAAGUAUGUUGACAAAUAUUUGUUCGUCAACUAGCGUGUUUUCAUAGAGAUCGACUAAAGAAAUCUUUUUGUUAUGGUUUUAAAUGAUUGCACUAUAUGGAUAACAAAUAAGUUAGGGGCCUGUGUCUAGGCACAAUAAUGUUUCCAUUAACAGAAUUAUACUAUAUUUUUUAUAGUAUCUUUUGUUGUGUCGAAAAGUACAAAUAGAUAUUUCAUAUUUGGUGACUGAAUUCUUCAAAGUCAUCGCAGUGAUUAUAAGGUUUUUACUAAAAAUUCUAAGCCUAAUAUUGUCCAGGAUUUUUUCAAACGUGCAAUAUACAUAUAUUAUAAGUAUUUAUUACACUGCUGUAAAGUACUACCGAUGUUUGAUAUUAAAAACCAAACGAUUCUGUACGUUCUUAAAACGUAAUAAUUUACCAAAACUAUUACCAAUAAUCGUUUCUAUUGAUUAUAAUUGUUGAUUGUAAUAUUAGUGCACAUAAUUGACAGAUUUCCUUAGUAGCAUUUAUAUUACCAAAGGUUUGUUGUAUUUGUUUGAGAUUUUAUUUAUUGUUUUUAAACAACAGAUAAUUAUUGCUUGUUCCAUCCGAGUAUUCUCUAAUGUUAUCAUUUUUAGAUCUUUUAUUAGUAUUUAUAUUUUAUAGAAUAAGACCGCUAUUGCUCGUACUGUUGUACUAAUAACACAGUUUUCUUAACUCGUUGCUCUAGUCCUUACAUAUUUUUAUAUUUUAAAUAUAAAGCAUUAUACAUAAGUUUACAUAAUUUUAAAUGUUCAAUAACUAUGCUUUUUUUAUCCAAUAGUUACAAACACAUUAUUCAUUUAUUAAGUAUAAGUUUAAAUAAAAGUUUAGUUUAGUUUUUUUGUCAGUAAUAUUACUUAUUAUUGCAAAUUAAUAUCCAUAGAUCAUUUUGUAAUAAUAUCUAAAUCCAAGUAUAUACGUGGAAAAUGAUAAUAUUAUAUGUAAUUUCUCGUUAUUUCUACAAAUUAUGAUACAUCUAUCUCAUUUAAAUAUAUAAUGACAUAAUAUAUUAAAAAUCAUUGUGAUUCUUACAUAAUUAAGUUUCAACAGAAAAUGAAACUUCAAAUUACAGUCACUGUGUAAUAAUUAUUCAUUAUGAAAUGAAACAUGAACAAAGAUUUGUAAUAAAACUAUACUGAUAAAAACAUAUCAGUUCAUGUAUGGACAAAAAAAGGCAACUGUUUAACUUCAUGUCGACAUAAAAUUAGUCUUGAAAGAAUUAAUGCGUCUUUCGAAGAAUAAAAAUAACAUAGUAUACAGGGUGUGGCCGAAUAAUAUGUACAAGCGGGCACGAGGUGGUUCUUUAUGAAAAAAUAUGCAAUAAAAUUUGUUCAUUUAAAGCUCAGUUUUCGAGAAAAUCGAGUUUAAACAUCCUAUUUGUACGUGUGCUGUUAUGGUUGAGCAACAAUUCGUCGAGAAUCGUAUAACGCGUAUUGUGUUUGUAAACAUUGAUCUGACACUUCUUCUAACAGUUACGUGCCUAAGCAGUUAGUUUUCGAUGAUCUGUCUAACGGUGAUGUAUGUACAUACACGAUACGUUGUUACAGCAUAUGUACGAAUAGGUUUUUUAAACUCGAUUUUCUCGAAAACUAAGCUUUAAAUGAACAAAUUUUACAACAUAAUUAGUUCUUAUUUUUUCAUAAGAAACCAUCUCGUGCCCGACUUGUACACGUUAUUCGAUCGCAUCCUCUAUAAUUUGGAAAUAAGGUACAAGUGAUUAAUGAUUUUGUUUCGAUAAAACAAUUUAUUGCAGUUUCUUGAAGAAAAAAAAAAACGAUAUGCAAGGGAAAUUGUUUCCAGUUAUUCACUAAUUUACGGAAUUAUUUCAUAUGCUCAUUUUAUAUCUAUAAAAUGUGAACUACAGUGUAUUAACAAUCAAUGUACGAAUACGAAACAGUUUUAAGAGGUGUGUUGUACAGUUUUCAAGCUGGCAAGAUUUUUAAUAUUCUCGUAUUAUAUAAGUUUAUUGUAAAUUUUUAUCGAUUUGCUUAGUAGUAAUCUAUACAAAUAAAUAAAUCACAAAUUAAUAAAAUACGUAUAUUUGUGUAAGAAAUUGUUUCUUUUUUUUUUUUAAGAUGCGAUUAUAUUAACAAACAGUUUUGUACAUGUUUAAGUCAUUGGUGACGAUAAUUUUUGUUUAGUUUCAAAUUCCAUGUUUACAAGUUUUUCUGACGGAGAUGGCAAUAUAUAAAUAUUAUAUAUAUGUAUGUAUAAUAAGAUUUAAAAGUAAAGGUUAGGUUAUCUCUAAAUUGAAAAGAUGUCUCCACGUGUAUGAACUUUCAUUGGAAAAUAUCGAACCGUUUUCUAAUUAUGAUGUAAUAAACAAACAAACAUAUUUUCGA